AUGGAACGAGUGGGAGGUGCCGUGACGAGCAGCAGCUAUGACCCUGCUUCAGAGUGCUUUCCGACUCUCACAGAAGCGGCCACUGCGAUCAUGACACCCGAGGAGCUGCAGAAUAUGCGUCGCAACCUCACGGAGGAAAAGAUCGCCCAUGCUAAAUACUUGCGGGAACACCCAGAGAUUGACGCCACCAUGCGCUGUGCGAUGCGAAAACUGUUGAUGCAGCGGCCUGAGGACCCGGUUGGUGUGCUGUUAGAGUUCUUUGCCCAUGGCAACCUACAAGUCGAGCUGCAAAACCAAGGCGAUAAAAAAGGGGAGUUGGAAAGGCUCCUUUCGAUGCAGAAGGAGCGAGGCAUGAUGCCUGUGUGGCCUCCUUGA